CGCUGCAAACGUAUCUGUAUCAAAGCGCUGUUCCACCUAACGGGAAGCGACGACGGCGGCUUAAUCUUUCACUUGGAAAAACAUUGAAAGCCUCCACAAUGAUCCACAGCCUGUUCCUAAUCAACGCCUCCGGGGACAUUUUCCUGGAGAAGCACUGGAAGAGCGUCGUCAGCCGCUCCGUGUGCGACUACUUCUUCGAGGCGCAGGAACGCGCCUCCGAGCCGGAGAACGUCCCCCCGGUGAUACCCACGCCGCACCACUACCUGAUCAGCGUGCUCCGGCACCGCAUCUACUUCGUGGCGGUGAUCCAGAGUGAGGUGCCGCCGCUGUUCGUCAUCGAGUUUCUGCACAGGGUCGUCGACACGUUCCAGGACUAUUUUGGAGUGUGUACAGAGGCCGCCAUUAAGGACAAUGUGGUGGUGGUCUACGAACUGCUGGAGGAGAUGCUGGACAACGGCUUUCCGCUGGCCACAGAGUCCAACAUCUUGAAGGAGCUCAUAAAGCCUCCCACUAUCCUCCGCACCAUGGUCAACACCAUCACAGGCAGCACCAAUGUUGGCGAACAGCUCCCCACAGGCCAGCUGUCAGUGGUGCCAUGGCGACGUACCGGAGUCAAAUACACCAACAAUGAGGCCUAUUUUGACGUGGUGGAGGAGAUCGACGCCAUCAUCGACAAAUCGGGCUCCACUAUUACAGCAGAAAUUCAGGGGGUUAUUGAUGCCUGUGUAAAACUGACAGGCAUGCCCGACCUCACACUUUCAUUUAUGAACCCUCGGCUGCUGGAUGACGUCAGCUUCCACCCGUGUGUCCGGUUCAAGCGCUGGGAAGCGGAGCGGAUCCUCUCCUUCAUUCCCCCCGAUGGGAACUUCCGGCUGCUCUCGUACCACGUCAGCUCUCAGAACCUGGUGGCGAUCCCAGUCUACGUCAAGCACAACAUCACCUUCCGAGAGGGAAGCUCCCAAGGACGUUUCGACUUGACUCUGGGACCCAAACAGACCAUGGGCAAGGCGGUGGAGGCGGUGCUAGUCAGCAGCCAGCUGCCCCGGGGCGUCCUCAACGCCAACCUCAACGCCUCCCAGGGAACGUACACGUUUGAUCCGGUCACAAAGAUGCUGACGUGGGAUGUUGGCAAGAUCAACCCACAGAAGCUUCCCAGUCUGAAGGGCAGCAUGAGCCUGCAGGCCGGCGCCUCCAAACCCGACGAGAACCCCACCAUCAACAUCCAGCUCAAGAUCCAGCAGAUGGCCCUCUCGGGGCUGAAGGUGAAUCGACUGGACAUGUACGGCGAGAAGUAUAAACCUUUCAAAGGCAUCAAGUACAUGACGAAGGCUGGCAAGUUCCAGGUGCGGACAUAAGGACACCUGCUGCGUGACCACUGGACCAAACCACCACGAGGCAGUGACGGGGGGGGAGGAAGGGGGAGUUGGUACAUUCCCUGAGUGUAUGCAUUUCAGGAUUUAACAAAAAGGAGGCUCCGUGGAGCAGUAAAUAACGGAGCGCUGCGCGUAGAAACCGCUGUAAGUAAAAGCGUCGAGAGAGUUUGAACAUCAGGCCGAACCCAACUCGCUCCGACUCAGACUUUCUCUCUAAUAAUUCUAAUCUUGAGCCCAAAAUCCGGGCAGUUACACGAGACGUUUUCGACGGCCCUUUUGUUGACAGCGGCGUCGUCACGUUCAAGCAUUUCAAACCCUUCACUAUCUACAGGCCCGAAUGUGAUGCUGCACCGUUCCAGCUGUAGGUAUCCUCCACCUCUCCACCCUGCGCUUCAUCGUCUACGGCACGUCUGUCUGGAAACGUACGUGUGUGUGUGUGUGUGUGUGUGUGUGUGUGUGUGUGUGUGUGUGUGUGUGUGUGUGUGUGUGUGUGUGUGUGUGUGUGUGUGUGUGUGUGUGUGUGUGUGUGUGUGUGUGUGUGUGUGUGUGUGUGUGUGUGUGUGUGUGUGUGUGUGUGUGUGUGUGUGUGUGUGUGUGUGUGUGUGUGUGUGUGUGUGUGCGCGCGCGCUCUUGUGUCAUCGAUGCGUGACAAAUGCCAUAUUGAAGGAAAGCUUCCCCUUUAGUAAGUCAAGAUGUCGUGAGCGGUGUGGGAUAAAACAACAGCUUUAUCCUUGCAGGACACUAGUACAUAAACAAGGAACUAGUGGCCGGUGAUGUGGGGAAUAUGCUGUUGCAGCCUAGAAUGUAAAUUAAUAUAUACAUAUAGAGAGAAAUCAUUUGGGGAGUAUUCUAGCAAAUGAAGCAAAAAUGUCCUUUUAUCUCCACCUCCAACGUAUUCCUACGCUCAGGAGGACAAGCUCAUGUGCUGCUUUUCUCUGAACCGUAUUAUUUGAUCACGUUUCAACCGACGGACGCAAACUGCUAUCACUGUAUUUGAGUUCUUUAUUUUCUCUGUUCUUGCGCUCCUCCUGUCUCUUGUUUUGAUAGUUUGUCCGCACACUGACAUGCGACACUGGAAGUGUCUUUACCGUCUGCUGCUACUAACCUUUCCUUUUUAAAUGCAGGUGACUUCAGCUUUUUAUAAAGCUAUUUAUUACCUCCUGGGAGAAUUUCAGAUACAUGUUCAGCCUUUUUUUUAUUCUACCUUAAUUAUUUAUUCAUCAAAACAAAGGAUUCAUUUGCUGAAGUAAAUUUCUUGGUGCUUCUUGAUUGUGCAUACUACCAUUUAAAUUCCUCUUCAAAGCUUUAACUCUCUGGGAGCUUGUUGUUUAACCAUUUUAUGACCAAACUGGAUCAGCUUUUGUUCUUGACGUACAGAAUAAUAUUUGUAAUCCUGUCAACUUGGCUCCCAAAUGAUUCCGUGAGUGCAUCACCUACCUGCGUGUUAAUAUCUAUAUAAGUAAACCAGACAAAUGAAACAAAAUGUAUUAUGGUAUAGUGGCCGGGUGGCUCUGAAGACCUGUUGACUUAUUUUGUUUAUGUAUUUGUUAAAUGGCCUCCAAUGGAGUGUUGCACUGAUGGAAAAAAAAUAAAGAUUUGAUGUGUCAUAA